AUGCCAGAUACAGACGUAUACUCUCUAACAGGGAGGGCUCCCGGAGCCUACCCAAUUGGUAGCGAGAGCCAGGCGCCGACUCUUUCGUCAUUCGUGCUACGGGGGGAAGAGCGGGUCAGCAAGUCCGGAAGGUGGGGGGACUGCAGAUUGUGUCAAAGUGUCACCCUGGAUGAAGUUGACGGAGGGUAUAGGCACGGCUGCCUCGCGACUGCGCCCUCCAGAAAGGUUAGCGGAGGUGGUGCAGUUGCAGUAGCAGCUUGCCUAUCGCGAAUCGAUGUGUCGCGUAUGCCUUGGGAUGAGGUUGCCUGA